CCUUAUUACUUCGCUAUCACGGUUUCUGUGACGCUUCGGCACCCCGGCAAAAUGGUAUCUUCUCAAGUUCGUCCUCGCACAGAACGAACUUGGGCAUCAUCAUUAUGAUGAUGCAGCUGUCCAAGAAGAUUCCCUUUGAUGAUCCUGAAGUGCUCCUUGUCGUGCGCGCCUUGUACAUCCUGUCUAACGUGAUCAUCGCGGGGAUCUAUUUCUACGUGCAGACCAAGGUGAACAAGAAAAAAGAUAUGGCCGUCCUCAAGUACGUUGAGCCCGCACCGCUGGGCAGCGGCGAGGAGCCCCGUCCAGUGACGACUACCGUGAUGGAGUACGACAAGCAGCAGCUGCGCCAGCUGUACAGGAGCCAGCUGAUGGGUGUUGGUAUGAUGUGUGUCAUGCACCUCUACUUCAAGUACACCAAUCCUCUCCUUGUGCAGUCCGUCAUCCCGCUCAAGAGUGCCCUGGAGUCGAACCUAGUCAAGAUCCACUUGUUUGGCAAGCCUGCAACCGGCGACUUGCAGCGACCUUUCAAGGCCACUGGUUUUGGCUCUCAGGGUCAGAUCCGGAGCGACAAGGCCUCCGUUGAGAGUGCUGAGAAGAAAUGGCGGGGUGGUGUCAAGGAGGAGUAAGAAGGGGAACCUUUUGUGCGCGUCAGAGCAUUCUGAAAGGAAUCAGAUAGCAGUUUUGAUAUGUAACAGACUCAAAUAGAAUGGCAAUUGGAACGGUUAUGGUGCUAUAUACUUUGAACAGUUCAUCUCAAUACCUGCUAAAGGUUUAAAAAGACGGAAAUAUAGACAAACCACGGGUGAUGUUAUACAGGUACGGGAGUAUGAAUUGCUUUUCAUGUAGCUUCAGCCUUCUACGUUCUGCCAUCCUAGUCCUUGCAGCUUCCUAUGGCGUAGGUUGGUCUUGGUGGCUGUGGAUCCGACCGAUUGGAUGAAGCAUGCUACGAUUCAUGGGGUCUAAUAAUAGACCGAACGGCUGCAUCUUCAGUCAAUGGGAAUCCACUCGAUCGGUGGAAAUCUUAUGAUCGAUUGGGUUGGGCGGUAGAUUGAUGUGUGAUGACGCAGUGAGAGCCUCGUUCCAAGACAGGACGUAGAUAUUCAGGAGGCAUAGACCCAUAUGCCGAUGUUGCCGGUCCAGAUAAACUUUGGUUAGAUGGGGAGGCAAAGGAUGUGAUAUCAAUGAGUACAACUAUAUCAGGCUGGUUCUGAGACAUGAAUCGAGCAAUCAGUUGAUAAUGCAACUAGUGUCGUGCAGAGCAGACAUGCUCGAGGAAUGAUGCAAGUAUGGUCUGAUAAUCGAGUGCAAUCAGCCCAGAAGAAUAUCUACAUGGACUUUUUGAGACGUAUGGAACAUCAGGUCAUGGCCAGUGCCAGAUAAUCAGACAAUGACGAGAGGGCAAAGACAUGAGGAGAGGAUGCAUUGACUCUUGAGAUAGUAGCAUGAUGGGGAUAACGUUGUAUGGCUUAAUUCAUUUCUGACAUCUGAUAGUAAUGCCAUGAAUCAUGGAACAAGAAAAAUAGCACCAGAAAGCACUUCGGUGUGGCAGAUAUGUAGUGCAGCCGGUGAGUGCUUUGAGGAAUCCCAUCAGCAGACGCGAUGGAAGCAUCUGGAAGCAUUAUAUAAGCCAUUGGUGCCUGAGGGGACCAGGGCCCGGGCCAACUGUUGUUCCG